AUCGAUCAGUCGAUCAGCUAAUCUCUUUCUCCUUUAAUUCAUUAUCCUUUGCAUGCCCCUCUCCAGCUAGCUAAGAUGAGUCCGAGGAUUCAGCAGCUGGCCGCUGUGUUGUUGGCGGCUGUUGUCGUCGUCGCAGCCGCCAGGGAUGAACCUGCAGCAGCAAAAAAUUACCAAACUCAAUGGGAUACAGUAAUGUCAAUACUUAACUGUAAGAGUGAUUCUUUAAUCCCAAGCUACAUCUGCAGCGUGAUUAGCAAAAGUCGCUGGGGUUGGGCGUCAGAUGACCCCAACGACGACGAGUACACACCACCGGAUCAUCCGCUGCCGGCGCCGGCGGCGGGGCGGCGGCGGUGGCCGGUGAUGACGAGCUUGAACCUGACAAAGUACGUGGACUCGCUGCCGCGGAUUGCCAAGAUCCGGGGCUACGGCAUCCGCCAUGGCCGUCCAGUGCCCAUCAAGCUCACCAUCGGCAUGUACAGCAAGACAUGGCAAUUCCACCGCGACAUGCCACCGACGCCGGUGUUCGUGUACGGGCAAUCGCUGCAGACAGCGACGUUCCCGGGGCCCACCAUCGUGGCGCGGCAGGGCGUGCCGCUCGCCGUGGAGUGGCAGAACCACCUCCCCGACGCCCACAUCCUCCCGUGGGACCCCAAGGUCCCCACCGCCAUCCCCAAGAAGGGCGGCGUCCCCACCGUCGUUCACCUCCACGGCGGCGCCCACCCGCCGGAGUUCGACGGCCACGCCUUCGCCUGGUUCACCCGCGACUUCGCCGAGAACGGCAGCACAUGGACGCGGAAGACCUACACCUACCCCAACGUGCAGGCGCCGGGCAACCUCUGGUACCACGACCACGCCCUCGGCCUCACCCGCGUCAGCCUCCUCGCCGGCCUCCUCGCCGCCUACGUCAUCGAGAAGCCCGAGCUCGAGGACCCCAUGAACCUCCCCUGCGGCGACCACGACCUCCACCUCGUCAUCGCCGACCGCGAGUUCUACACCAAUGGCUCCAUCUCCAUCGACCGGGAGUGGAAGCCGGAGUACUUCGGCCUCGUCAUCACCGUCAACGGCAAGGCGUGGCCGUACCUCAGCGUCCAGCGCCGCCGCUACCGCCUCCGCAUCCUCAACGCCAGCAACGCCAGAUACUUCAACGUCACGCUCUCCAAUGGCGCCCUCCCCUUCACCGUCAUUGGCUCCGACUCCUCCUACCUCUCCAGGCCGGUCACCGUCUCCAACCUCGUCCUCUCGCCGGCCGAGAUCUUCGACGUCAUCGUCGACUUCUCCCGGUUGCCGGCGGCGAUGACCGAGAUCGAGAUGCUCAACACGGCGCCCUACCCGUUCCCCAACGGCCCUAAUGUGACGGACCCGAACCUCGACGGGAAGGUGAUGCUGUUCAAGGUCGCCGGCAAGGGGAAGGUCGACGACAUGCCGGACAAAUCCAAGGUGCCGGAGCACGGCGUGCCGUACGCGAGCGUGGCGGCGCUCCCGCCGCCGACGACGACGAGGUACAUCGUCCUGUACGAGAACCAGACCGCGCCGGGGAACCUCUACAUCAACGGCCUCCGGCUGGAGGACCCGGUGACGGAGACGCCCAAGUCCGGCACGACGGAGCUGUGGCAGGUGAUCAACCUCACCGGCGACAACCACCCGCUGCACCUCCACAUUGCCACGUUCCAGGCCAUCAAGAUGACGAAGAUCGAGGGAUUCCAGGUGUUCAAGGACUGCAUGAUCAAAAACAACAACACCGCCACGUGCAACCUCGACCAGCACGCCGUCGGGCCCGUCGUGCCGGUGCCGGAGGAGGAGAAGACGUGGAAGAACGCGGUGAAGAUUCCGCCGGAGUUCAUGACGUCGGUGGUGGUGGCGUUCAGGCUUGUCGAGGCCAAUCAGCCCUACCCCUUCGACGCCACCACCGAGCCGGGAUUCGUCUACCACUGCCACAUCCUGGAUCACGAAGACAACGCCAUGAUCAGGCCUCUGAAGCUGCUUCCAUGAACAAGAAACGUAGUGCUGAUCGAUGAGAAUAUGAGAUGAAGAAGCUUCUUCACUAGGAUUAAUAAUUCUGAGCAUUUACGUUUGAGUGAAAGUUGUUUAUGUUAUGUUAUCCAAGUCUUUGUUUAUGAGUGAAAGUUUGCUAGUCAUAAACUGGUGCGCUCUGACGGGGUAUCUGUGCUACGGACUUAAUUUGGGUUUGUACUUUAUUGGAAGUUAUAUAUGAAUUAUGUUGUUGAUUGUUGAAGUACACUGUACAAAAUAAUAUAGCUUAUUUCAGGAAAUAAAUUUUAAUCCUUCAAGGGA